CUGUUCACACCCGCAGCCUCCGGAGCGCGACGUGUGCGUCCCUAGCCUAUGUCUUUUCCUAAGGAGCCUCCACACUUCGGAGACGCGAUGACAAGUUAAUAUGGGCGUCCACGCCUCGGUUUCCCAGGAGAAGAAUUGCCAGAGGCGGUAGUCCCUGAGCUUCUGAACAGGCCGCCCGCUGCGACAUCCGCACAGGUGGGACCUGCUGAGGGCAGUGACCAGCCCGCCACCCCGCAGGCGCGCUCGCAGGAUUUCCCCAGCUCCCCAGCCCGGGGAUUUUGUUUUUUUAUUUUUUUCCUCCACUGUUGGUGGGCGCCUCGCGGGCCGAAGCCCGGCGCCUGCUCGGCUGCCCGCGCUGCCUUUAGCGGUCGCCUCCGCAGCCGCUGCCAGGGACGUGCUGGGAAAGCCGAAGCCCCGGGAGAAGAUGCCGGCCAUCCUGGUAGCCUCCAAAAUGAAGUCGGGACUGCCCAAACCGGUGCACAGCGCCGCGCCCAUCCUGCACGUGCCCCCGGCCCGGACUGGUCCCCAGCCCUGCUACCUUAAGUUGGGAAGCAAGGUGGAGGUGAGCAAGACGGCCUACACUAGCCAGAUCCCCCUGAAAUCGCAGGGGCUGCAGGAGCCAACGGGGGAGGGGCUCCCGUUGCGGAAAAGCAGCUCUCUGGAGAACGGGUUCGAUACCCAGAUAUACACCGAUUGGGCCAAUCAUUACCUCGCUAAAUCUGGCCACAAACGCCUCAUCAAGGACCUCCAGCAAGAUGUGACCGAUGGCGUGCUCCUGGCCCAGAUCAUCCAGGUUGUAGCGAAUGACAAGAUUGAAGACAUCAAUGGCUGUCCAAAGAACAGAUCGCAAAUGAUUGAGAACAUAGAUGCCUGCUUGAAUUUCCUGGCAGCUAAGGGAAUCAACACCCAGGGGCUGUCUGCAGAAGAGAUCAGGAAUGGGAACCUCAAAGCCAUUCUAGGCCUCUUCUUCAGCCUCUCCCGAUACAAGCAGCAACAGCAGCAACAGCCCCAGAAACAGCACCUCUCAUCGUCCCCUUUGCCACCUGCGGGGUCUCAGGUGGCCGGAGCACCUUCCCAGUGCCAGGCUGGCAUUCCUCAGCAACAGGGGCUGGCCGCUCCCCAAGCCCCGUGCCAGCCUCUCCAGCCAGCUUCACAUCAGCAAGCAAAAACACAAGCGGAAAUGCAGUCCAGACUUCCAGGUCCUACUGCAAGGGUGGCUGCUGCAGGCAGUGAGGCCAAAACACGUGCUGGAUCAGCUGCUGCCAACAACCGACGCAGCCAGAGCUUUAACAACUAUGACAAAUCUAAACCUGUCACCUCUCCACCCCCACCACUACCACCAAGUAACCAUGAAAAAGAGCCAUUGGCAAGCUCAGCUUCCUCCCAUCCCGGAAUGAGCGAAAAUGUAUCUGCUUCCUUGGAGAACAGUCCUGCCAUUCCUGUUAACUGCUCCUCAGCCAUCCCCCAGCCCAGCAUGACCUCCAAGCCCUGGCGCAGCAAGUCCCUCAGUGUGAAGCAUAGCGCCACAGCAUCCAUGCUUUCAGUCAAGCCCACUGGGCCCGAGGUUUCCAGGCCCACACCUGAAGCCAUGAAGCCUGCCCCCAACAACCAGAAAUCCAUGUUGGAAAAGCUCAAACUUUUCAACAGUAAAGGGGGCUCCAAGGCAGGUGAAGGCUCAACAUCCAGGGACACGAGCUGUGAGCGAUUGGAGAUCCUGCCCAGCUUUGAAGAGAGCGAGGAGUUGGAAGCUGCUAGCAGGGCCCUUUCUACUUCAAGCCCUGCAUCCAGCAGCCCAAAGAUUGCACUCAAGGGCAUCGCACAGAGAACUUUCAGCAGGGCACUUACCAACAAGAAGAGCUCCCCAAAGGGCAAUGAGAAAGAGAAGGAGAAACAGCAGCGGGAGAAGGAGAAGGAAAAAGAAAAGGGCAAGGACCUCACCAAGAGGGUCUCCGUGACUGACAGGCCUGACCUCAAGGAAGACCCCAAGGAAGAGCUCAGUGGGGUGUCUGUGACCGAGAUGCCAAAAAAGUCCUCCAAGAUUGCCAGCUUUAUCCCCAAAGGUGGGAAGCUCAACAGCACCAAGAAGGAGGCCACGGCUCCAUCUCACAGCGGAAUACCAAAACCAGGAAUGAAGAACAUGCCUGGGAAGUCCCCAAGUGCCGCCACACCUCCCAAGGAAGGAGAGCGGAGCCGAGGGAAGCUGAGCUCAGGGCUUCCACCCCAGAAGCCCCAGCUGGACAGCAGACACUCCAGCUCCUCCUCCAGCUUGGCAUCCUCAGAGGGAAAAGGCCCCACAGGGACAACUCUGAACCACAGCAUCAGCAGCCAGACUGUCAGCGGCUCCGUCGGGACCACCCAGACCACUGGAAGCAAUACCGUCAGUGUUCAGCUACCUCAGCCUCAGCAGCAAUACAACCACCCCAACACAGCCACGGUUGCACCUUUCCUGUACAGGUCCCAGACGGACACCGAAGGGAAUGUCACUGCCGAGUCUAGCUCAGCAGGUGUGAGCAUGGAGCCCAGCCACUACACCAAGAGUGGACAGCCUGCUCUGGAGGAACUCACUGCAGAAGACCCUGAGGCUCGGCGGCUCCGGACAGUAAAGAACAUCGCAGACCUACGGCAGAAUUUAGAAGAGACAAUGUCCAGUUUACGGGGAACUCAGGUUACACACAGUACAUUAGAAACUACGUUUGACACCAAUGUCACCACAGAGAUAAGUGGCCGCAGCAUCCUCAGCCUGACAGGAAGGCCCACUCCUCUGUCCUGGAGACUCGGCCAGUCCAGCCCUCGGCUGCAAGCAGGUGAUGCCCCCUCAAUGGGCAAUGGGUACCCACCUCGAGCCAAUGCCAGCCGCUUCAUCAGUGCAGAGGCAGGCCGUUAUGUGUACUCUGCCCCUCUGAGAAGGCAAUUGGCCUCCAGGGGCAGCAGCAUCUGCCACGUGGAUGUCUCAGACAAGGCAGGUGAUGAUGUGGACCUCGAAGGCAUCAGCAUGGAUGCCCCUGGCUACAUGAGUGACGGAGAUGUCCUGAGCAAGAACAUCCGGACUGAUGACAUCACGAGCGGGUACAUGACCGAUGGUGGACUUGGCCUCUACACUCGUCGCCUGAACCGGCUUCCUGAUGGGAUGGCUGUGGUGCGAGAGACCCUACAACGAAAUACCUCCCUGGGCCUCGGAGAUGCUGACAGCUGGGAUGACAGCAGCUCCGUCAGCAGCGGCAUCAGUGACACCAUAGACAACCUCAGCACGGAUGACAUCAACACCAGCUCAUCCAUCAGCUCCUAUGCCAACACGCCUGCCUCCUCCCGAAGAAACUUGGAUGUGCAGACUGACGCUGAGAAGCAUUCACAGGUGGAGAGGAAUUCCCUGUGGUCUGGUGAUGACAUCAAGAAAUCAGAUGGCGGCUCAGACAGCGGUGUAAAGAUGGAGCCGGGCUCCAAGUGGAGGCGGAACCCUUCAGACAUGUCAGAUGAGUCGGACAAAAGUGUGUCAGGCAAGAAGAAUCCCGUCAUCUCACAGACAGGCUCAUGGCGGCGAGGCAUGACAGCAGAAGUGGGCAUCACCAUGCCCAGGACAAAGCCAUCAGCUCCGACGGGCACACUGAAGACACCAGGAUCUGGAAAAACAGACGAUGCCAAGGUGUCUGAGAAAGGAAGACUUUCACCCAAAGCCUCCCAGGUCAAGCGCUCCCCAUCAGAUGCUGGCCGCAGCAGUGGAGAUGAAGCCAAAAAAACUCUCCCCAGCAGUUCUAGGAUGCCCACUGCCAACUCCAAUAGCUUUGGGUUCAAGAAACAGAGUGGCUCUGCUGCUGGGCUUGCCAUGAUCACAGCCAGUGGGGCCACCAUCACCAGUAGGUCUGCCACACUGGGUAAAAUCCCCAAAUCAUCGGCCCUUGUCGGUCGGUCCACUGGUCGGAAGACAAGCAUGGACGGAGCCCCGAACCAGGAUGAUGGAUAUCUGUCUCUCAGCUCUCGGACGAACUUACAGUAUCGGAGCCUGCCCAGGCCCAGUAAGUCCAACAGCCGGAAUGGAGCAGGGAAUAGAUGCAGCACCAGUAGCAUUGACUCCAACAUGAGCAGCAAGUCAGCAGGCCUGCCAGUGCCCAAGCUGAGGGAGCCCUCCAAAACAUCCCUGGGCAGUUCCCUGCCAGGGCUUGUCAACCAGACAGACAAGGAGAAAGGCAUCUCUUCGGACAACGAGAGUGUGGCUUCCUGUAACUCUGUGAAAGCAAACCCGGCUACCCAGCAGGUGUGCGGCUCAGCUCAGGCCACUCUGCAGCCAGGGACCAAGUAUUCAGAUGUGGCCUCUCCCACACUCCGCAGACUCUUUGGUGGGAAGCCUACCAAGCAAGUGCCCAUCGCCACAGCCGAAACCAUGAAAAGUGCAGUGGUCAUCUCCAACCCUCAUGCCACUAUGACCCAGCAAGGUAACCUAGAGUCCCCCUCAGGCAGUGGAGUCCUGAGCAGUGGGAGCAGCAGUCCUCUCUACAGUAAGAACGUGGACCUCAACCAGUCUCCUCUAGCCUCCAGCCCCAGCUCAGCCCACUCGGGCCCUUCCAACAGCCUCACCUGGGGUACCAGCUCGUCGGCAGUAAGCAAGGAUGGUCUGGGCUUCCAGUCUGUUAGCAGCCUGCAUACCAGCUGCGAGUCCAUUGACAUAUCCCUCGGCAGCGGUGGGGGAUUGAGUCACAACUCCUCCCCUGGUCCAGUCACCUCCACUAAGGAAGACUCCCUGUUGCCUUUUGUCCGUACCAGCAGUGUGAAGACCACACUGUCAGAAAGCCCUCUCUCCUCCCCUGCUGCUAGCCCUAAGUUCUGCAGAAGUACUCUGCCCAGGAAACAGGACAGUGACCCGCACCUUGAUAGGAACACUUUGCCUAAGAAAGGACUCAGGUAUACUCCCACCUCCCAGCUUCGCACACAGGAAGACGCCAAAGAAUGGUUACGGUCCCACUCUGCUGGGGGCCUGCAGGACACUGCUGCCAACUCCCCCUUUUCCUCUGGCUCUAGUGUCACUUCUCCCUCUGGAACAAGAUUCAACUUCUCCCAGCUUGCAAGUCCCACCACUGUCACCCAGAUGAGCUUGUCCAACCCAACGAUGUUGAGGACCCACAGCCUGUCCAAUGCAGAUGGCCAGUAUGACCCCUACACUGACAGCCGCUUCCGGAACAGCUCCAUGUCUCUGGAUGAGAAGAGCAGAACAAUGAGUCGGUCGGGCUCCUUCCGGGAUGGAUUUGAGGAAGUUCACGGGUCCUCCCUGUCCUUGGUCUCCAGCACAUCUUCCAUCUACUCCACGCCAGAAGAAAAAUGCCAGUCAGAGAUUCGAAAGUUACGACGGGAGCUGGAUGCCUCCCAGGAAAAGGUUUCUGCGCUGACCACCCAGCUGACUGCAAAUGCUCACCUUGUGGCAGCCUUUGAGCAGAGCUUGGGAAACAUGACCAUCAGGCUGCAGAGUUUAACUAUGACUGCAGAGCAGAAGGAUUCAGAACUGAAUGAGUUAAGAAAAACUAUCGAGCUGCUGAAGAAACAGAAUGCAGCUGCCCAGGCUGCCAUUAAUGGGGUGAUCAAUACACCAGAGCUCAACUGCAAAGGAAAUGGCAGCAGCCAGACUGCAGACCUACGUAUCCGCAGGCAGCACUCCUCUGACAGUGUCUCCAGUAUCAAUAGUGCCACCAGCCACUCGAGUGUGGGCAGCAACAUAGAGAGUGACUCAAAGAAGAAGAAGAGGAAAAACUGGGUCAAUGAGUUGCGCAGCUCCUUCAAGCAAGCUUUUGGGAAGAAGAAGUCCCCUAAGUCAGCAUCCUCACACUCAGACAUCGAGGAGAUGACGGAUUCUUCAUUGCCUUCCUCACCAAAAUUGCCACACAACGGAUCCACAGGCUCUACCCCGUUGCUGAGGAAUGCCCACUCCAACUCUCUAAUUUCCGAGUGUAUGGACAGUGAAGCUGAGACGGUCAUGCAGCUACGGAAUGAGCUGAGAGACAAGGAGAUGAAGCUGACAGACAUCCGCCUGGAAGCGCUCAGCUCUGCCCACCAGCUGGACCAGCUCCGGGAGGCCAUGAACAGGAUGCAGAGUGAAAUUGAGAAGCUGAAAGCUGAGAAUGACCGACUGAAGUCCGAGUCUCAAGGCAGUGGCUGCAGCCGGGCCCCCUCUCAGGUGUCCAUCUCUGCUUCCCCAAGGCAGUCUUUGGGCCUCUCACAACAUAGCCUGAACCUCCCAGAGUCCACCAGUCUAGACAUGUUGCUGGAUGACACUGGUGAAUGCUCGGCUCGGAAGGAAGGAGGCAGGCAUGUUAAGAUAGUUGUCAGCUUUCAGGAGGCAAUGAAGUGGAAGGAGGAUUCCAGACCACAUCUAUUCCUUAUUGGCUGCAUUGGAGUGAGUGGCAAGACAAAAUGGGACGUGCUGGAUGGGGUGGUUAGACGGCUGUUCAAAGAAUACAUCGUUCAUGUGGACCCAGUGAGUCAGCUGGGGCUGAAUUCAGACAGUGUUCUUGGCUACAGCAUCGGUGAGAUCAAGCGCAGCAACACCUCAGAGACCCCUGAGCUCCUCCCUUGUGGCUAUCUGGUGGGAGAGAACACCACCAUCUUGGUGACUGUCAAAGGGCUCACGGAAAACAGCCUGGACUCUCUGGUCUUUGAAUCCCUGAUCCCCAAACCCAUCCUGCAACGCUACGUUUCCCUGCUGACGGAACACCGGCGCAUCAUCCUCUCGGGCCCCAGCGGCACUGGGAAAACCUACCUGGCCAACCGGCUCUCGGAGUAUGUGGUACUUCGGGAAGGACGGGAGCUAACAGAUGGCGUCAUUGCCACCUUUAAUGUGGAUCACAAGUCCAGCAAGGAACUUCGCCAGUAUCUGUCCAACCUGGCUGACCAGUGCAACAGCGAGAACAAUGCCGUGGAUAUGCCACUUGUCAUCAUCCUGGACAACCUGCACCACGUGAGCUCUCUGGGAGAGAUCUUCAACGGGCUGCUUAACUGCAAAUACCAUAAAUGUCCUUACAUCAUCGGCACGAUGAAUCAGGCUACCUCGUCCACUCCCAACCUGCAGCUUCAUCAUAACUUCAGGUGGGUGCUUUGUGCCAACCACACGGAGCCUGUGAAGGGUUUCCUUGGCCGCUUCCUGAGGAGGAAGCUCAUGGAGACGGAGAUCAGUGGGCGGGUGCGCAACAUGGAACUUGUGAAAAUCAUCAACUGGAUCCCCAAAGUCUGGCAUCACCUCAACCGCUUCCUGGAGGCCCACAGCUCCUCGGAUGUCACCAUCGGUCCCCGGCUCUUCCUGUCAUGUCCCAUCGAUGUGGAUGGUUCUAGAGUGUGGUUCACUGACCUGUGGAACUAUUCCAUCAUUCCCUACCUCCUGGAAGCUGUCAGAGAAGGACUUCAGCUCUAUGGAAGGCGUGCCCCCUGGGAAGACCCCGCCAAGUGGGUAAUGGACACCUACCCAUGGGCUGCCAGCCCACAGCAGCAUGAGUGGCCUCCCCUCCUGCAGCUACGGCCUGAGGAUGUGGGCUUUGAUGGCUACUCCCUGCCUAGGGAGGGGUCAACGAGCAAGCAGGUGCCGCCCAGUGACGCUGAAGGAGACCCACUGAUGAACAUGUUAAUGAGGCUGCAGGAGGCAGCCAACUACUCCAGCCCCCAGAGCUAUGACAGUGACUCCAAUAGCAACAGCCACCAUGACGACAUCCUGGACUCGUCGCUGGAAUCCACUCUGUGACUGAGGUCCCCCACUACUCCUCUCCCCAUCCCACCUGCAUCCUCCACUUUAUUCUGAAGAUGACUUCCUGAGCCAGCCCUAGCUGCCACAGCCUCAAAGCCAGAGCAGAGUGGCAGCAAUAGGAGACCCUCAUCCCUUGCACUCUGCCCUCUUCCUCCCACAGUGACAACUGUACUAGCCCUCUGUCCUACUCUCAUGGUUGUUCUGCCUUGUUGAUGUGACCUCCAUGAGACACUGAAGAUACUUCACGGGAAAGGAUCCUCACCGUCGAAAUAUAAAGAGAUUAAAUGGGAAUUUUAAAAGUAAGAUUCCACUUGGUGCCCUGAAACCUAGCAGCAUCCCCCUAUAAGCCAACCCCAGGCAGAAAAGACUAAACCCAACUUGGAAACACAGACAGCAGGGCUUCCCUUAACAUAGACCCACCAGUUUGGGUCUGACCACCAGCACCCGAGAGCCAUGCCACCCACCCUCCAUGGAAAAUUGGUGCUAAUGAGCCACCCAGGGACACCAAUACAUCAUAGUCUCUGUUUUCCACAUGGUGCUUCCUUCCCGAGAGGUAUUUUGUCUGUUCCAAUACACCCCUCCCCCUUUUCAGCGCACCAGCCCCAAUGAUCAGAGAGAGCAAGUGAAGAGGUGAGAAUGUGAGUGAGCGGAUGGGGCUAGCAACACAGAAAAGCGCGCCCGUUUCCUUCGUCUGUCUAAAUGGUCAGGUUUCUGUCCGCAAACACUGUGUACUGUGCGAGUAGUUCUUUGGAGAACUAUUGACCCCUGCCUGUGUCUGCCUUUCUACCUGGUUGAUUGUGAAGGUCCCCCACCCCCACCAGAACCAGUCCUAUGGUGAAAGCAAGAGCUGGAAAGUGGUUGAGUCUGGCUCCUCCUCAGCUUGGCUUUUCAGUGUCCAUCAUCACGGUUCUGUGCCCUCGCCAUCUCCUAUGGGGCUGUGGGCAUCUGUAUCCUUGCAGAUGGAUGAGGACCAGUUCUCCUCUGUGGGUGAGCCACAGACCUUGCCUUUCCUUCUCGCCUCCGAGAACCCCACUUCAUCACCUCAGUCACCCCAGACCCCAGCUGCAGGAGCUGGUGAUGUAUGUCCGCUCAUCAAACACUGGCACUUUGCUCAGAACCAACGUGACACAGCUUAGCCAGGGAGGGGCAGCCACUCUUCCCAGAAGCCUGGCCCUGCCUCUGUCCUGAUGAGCCUUGCCUGACCUCUUUGGUGCUGAUCCCCCAUGCAAUGCCUUACUGGUUUUGUACUGACCGCGUCCGUUCACAUGAGUGUUGUGCCUGCCUGGGGUUGUGUGUGAGUGUGUUCCCCAUCGAAGUAAACAGGGCUAUGAGUCACCUGUUCAUACAGAGAACACGAGUUGCUGACUUCUCAUCCGAAAGAUUCAUCUGUGUGGAUGUAUGAUUGUGGGAAAAAAAUACAGAGAGAGAGAGAGAGAGAGAGAGAGAGAGAGAGAGAGAGAUCCAUUCUUUUUAGGUUCCUGUCAGUCUCCAGCCAACAACCUCACUGGACAGUGACCCCACAGGUUCAUGCGACAUUGCAAAUCCCUUCUCUAGGAGACAUAGCCCGGUGUGCCAUGGCUUCAGCACUCUGGUGUCCUCCUUACCAGGUAUGGACACCAUCGAGCUCUUUGUGUUUCAGAGUCUUUCCUGGCUCCGGUGAGGAUGUCUCUGUUAACAAUCAGGGUUCCUAGUCCACCUUUCGCUAUUCUAUUGUGUGUUUGUCCUUUUUUUUGUUUUUUAAUUUUUAUUUUCUUACCCUAAGAGCUUGACCCAAAACUGCUCACUUUGCUUGGAAUGGCACUGUUUUUCUUCCUCACUGAGAGGAACUAGAGUGUGUCCUAUUAACUGGUAAAUAGCAACAUUUCCACUCCCUGCUGUAACCCCAGACUCAAUCUCCACUGCCCAUGUGGUGUGAGUGUGUCUUCUGUUGUUUUGUUUGUAAUAAGACUUUUAAACCAUGUGUCUAGCCUGUGACCAGGGCCAAACCCUGAGCCUUCCAGUGUCCCUGAAGGGUAGCCCUUUUCAGUCUAUCUCCCAGCAAUGACCGUACACUCUCAUACUGUGAAUUUGGGAGGUUUUGAAAUCCAGUCCCUCCUCCUGCGUAGUUUUCUCAGUCAUCUUAGGAGUACACCCUGCCAAUGUUUGGAGCUGUUGUCUCGCCAUUCCCAAUGCCCAGACUCCCCCCUCUCCCCCAUCCAGGUUCACAACAGAAACCUGUGUACCUGCUGCUGCCUGACAGGUGGGCAGUGACAUAGUUACAUAGCCCUUGAGUGCCUCCCGGCUCAGCCACCUUCCUAAAGCGAUGCGAAGAGGGGCUGUCCAGAAGGCACAUUUCCUACUAUGUCAUGAUUUUUCUUUCCUGUUGCUCAACCUUGGAUAAAGUGACUUUGUACUCAUUUAGGGCUCUGUCUAAAUGCUUCCAAUUUUGCCUUUUUCUAUAGAUAGGCUAACUUUGAAAUGUAAAAAAUCCUAUGCAACACUGAUGCUGAGGUACCAGUAGGAGCCAAAAGUUUUCUUCCCAAGAGGCCGUCAAUGAGGCGAGAAGUCCUUUUAAUUUAAGGUUGGGGUGGGGUGGGAGUGUGACAAGGGCAAGACUUGCCCAGAUCUUCCUCUGAACUUGGGGACAUUUUAAAUUUGAUUGUUUAAAAUGCUCGACUUUAAAAUUCUGUGUGCCCAAAUUUGACCAUGGCAAAUCUAUUCCAAAAGCAAAAUAGUCCAACUGUGCAGCUGUUGAAGGGAGGUUUGCUGUCUUGACCUGCUUGCUUCAGGCUGACCCAUUUAUGGAACAUGUUCUAUAGGAUGUACAUUUUUUUUUUCAUUGUAACAUAGAAAUUGUAAAUAAUCAAUGAAACUGCUGCAUUUUGAUGACUUUUUUCUAGCCAUUUUUAAAGAGAAAACUAGGAAUUGAGUAUUUUGUGUACGGUAUGUUUCCACCCCACCCCGCCCUCCCUCCCUAUUUAAUUUUCAUUUGUCAUGAGGUUUUUGGGUUUGAGAACAAUCCGCUGGAGAUCUGCCCCAUGUCAUAGAAAAUAAAGCUGAUGAUUGUAUCACUCUUAAAUUAUUCAUGAUUCAAUAAAGUUAAUGCUUAUUUAUUCAGA